AUGCUUCAGACUGUUCCGGACCCAGCAGUCUAUAUCCAGGAAGCGUUAUCAGUCAUGAGUGAGGACCAGUCAUUGUUUGAGUGUGCCUACGGAACACCUCACCUGGCCAAGACGGAGAUGACUGCAUCCUCCUCCAAUGACUAUGGACAGACAUCAAAGAUGAGUCCGCGUGUCCCUCAGCAGGACUGGCUGUCUCAACCUCCAGCCAGGGUCACCAUCAAGAUGGAAUGCAACCCCAACCAGGUGAACGGCUCAAGAAACUCUCCUGACGAAUGCAGCGUGGCAAAAGGUGGGAAGCUGGUGGGCAGCCCAGACACGGUGGGCAUGAACUACGGCAGCUACAUGGAGGAGAAGCACAUUCCACCCCCAAACAUGACCAUGAACGAGCGCAGAGUGAUCGUCCCCGCAGUUCCUACUCUGUGGAGUACAGACCACGUCCGACAGUGGCUGGAGUGGGCAGUAAAAGAAUAUAGCCUCCCAGACAUGGACAUCCUAUUGUUCCAGAAUAUCGAUGGCAAGGAGCUAUGCAAGAUGACCAAAGAUGACUUUCAGAGGCUCACCCCGAGCUACAAUGCUGACAUCCUUCUCUCACAUCUCCACUACCUCAGAGAGACUCCCCUUACACAUUUGACUUCCGAUGAUGUGGAUAAAGCCUUACAAAACUCUCCGCGGCUAAUGCAUGCUAGAAACAAAGGGGGCGCAGCUUUUAUUUUUCCAAAUAUUUCAGUAUAUCCUGAAGCUACCCAAAGAAUUACAACUAGGCCAGAUUUACCCUACGAACCACCUAGGAGAUCAGCCUGGACCGGCCAUGGCCAUCCCACACCCCAGUCAAAAGCUGCUCAGCCAUCUCCUUCCACAGUGCCCAAGACUGAAGACCAGCGCCCUCAGUUAGAUCCUUAUCAGAUUCUUGGACCAACAAGUAGCCGCCUUGCAAAUCCAGGGAGCGGACAGAUCCAGCUCUGGCAGUUCCUCCUGGAGCUCCUGUCGGACAGCUCAAACUCCAACUGCAUCACCCGGGAGGGUACC